GCUGGUUCGUUUCUCGCUCCAGAUCCCAAUUUCUUCCGCCAAAUCACCCCAUUCUUUUGGUCUUUUUUUAUCUUCCGACCUCGAUCUCUCUAUUCAUCGAUGGCGCAGCGAGAGGAGGAGGAGGCGAAGCUCCAGCGGCUCUGCGUCAACAACUGUGGCUUCCCCGGCAACUCCACCACCAACAACAUGUGUCAGUCCUGCUUCCAGCUGCAAUCGGCAGCGGCGCCAGCCUCCGCUUCGCCUCCCCGGUCCUGCUCUCCUAGAUCCGCCCCUCCAGCACGCCCGCCGGCCCCGGUGAAGCUUCCCGAGGAGGGAGAUCCGAAGGGAGAAGCCGCCGCCGCCGCGGCCGUGGGGCCGCAAGCGCCGGAGAGACCGGCGAACCGGUGCUUCUCGUGCCAGAAGCGACUGCGGCUGGCGGGAUUCCGGUGCCGGUGCGGCGAGCUGUUCUGCGGCCAGCACCGCUACUCAGACCGCCACGAGUGCAGCUUCGACUACAAGACGGCCGCCCGCGCCGUCAUCGCUCGCGAGAAUCCCGUCGUCCGAGCGGCCAAGAUCGUCAGGGUUUGAGAUCGUUAUGCUUGUGAUAGCGUGCUGGCUAGUGCUUGCUUAUUUCUGUGUGAAAGACAACGAGGAAGGGAAACCGCCACUAACGGUGGAGAAACAAAAGAACAAGGGGAAGAAGAAAUCCAGAAAAAAAUAAUCCCUUGUGUUCUAUCCCUCUAAAAUCUGUAAAACAAAACAAAACAAAACAAAACAAAAAAUCUACUGCCUUAUGAUUCCAUUGCAA